AUGCAGACUGUGUUCCCACAGUGCUGGCAGCUGUUCGUUCAGGCUCGCCGAAGAACACUAACGAUGCCUCCAAAACGGGAGCAAAAGAAGGAAACGGAGUCUUUGACUGGAGUUGUAGUGGUGGAUUCAUAUGAUCCACGUUUUGCCCCGCUAUCACCCACGAUUGGACCAUGGUGUGGGUCCCGAAUAUAUGUGUACAAUUCUAUUGGAGCAAAGAAGAGGGAAGAACGAGAUUGA